CCCCCCCUACAGUUGCUACAUUAUUUGUUCUUUUAAUUUUGCACUAAAAAUAAUUCUGCCCGAACUGAUUGAUAUAAGUGGGCAUGAACAUUACUGGCCCUGACAUAUGGCUAGCAGGGAAAACUAGAACAAUUGAACCAUGGUGUGUCAGUGCAAAAAAAAAAAAAAAAAAAGCUGAUGGAUUGAGUAUUUCUGCAUCCAGCACAGCCACACACACAGAUCCACGCGCACACAUGCACACGCUUUAACAGCAAGGCAACGACUUAACCAUAAGCGCCAUAAACAGGUAGCACGUUGAUGUAGUUUUAAGUGAGAGAGAAGACUUGCGUAUCUUCCGUUGCAUUUACAUCCGUAGGAAAGUGGUCCUAAAUCAAUCCUGCUAUAAAGAUAAGUGUGUAGGGCAGGCUGGGGUCCACUAAAAUGCAACCACCCACACACUUUCUUUCACACAAAGCCUGCGCGUAUUUCAAAAAAAAAAAAAAAAAGCCAUCCGUCUCUUCCCCUAGCAACUCUGUCCUUCACCACGCUUUCUGGUCCGCUCACAAACCUGCUACUUAAACGAAAAGUACAUGUAGUGUGAAACGCAUUCAGAAUUCAAAGAUAAAAGCCAGGUAACACGCUGCUUCGCCAUACUCACCGCUGGCGCGUUACCGCCUCCUCAAAAAAAAAAGGAAAUGGUGCAUCUUGUGUAGCUGGAUUCUUAUUUAUCUUUUAAAACAUCCCUCCAGCGACAGCCAGACUAUGUCUGUGAACAGAAACUGGUUCUAAUCUGAGGGGCCAGUGUUUCUCACCAGCUUCCUGCCUGCAGUUGAUCCGGCGGAGAGUUAGAAGCCUUAAAUGUGUUGUGAGGGCACCGAGCUGUCAGACCUUUUGGCGAGUAAGAUUGAUCGCGCGCAGGCUUCCAGGACUCUUUGUUUGGUAUAUAAGCAACAAACUAAGACAGGCCUACCACUUCUCUUCUUCCAUCUCUUACUCACUGAGCCACUUUUUUUUUUUUUUUUGGAAUGAAAAUACUGCAUGUGCUGCCUCACGAAAAAUAUCGCAAACGUGGUUUUCACAGAUUAUUCUGGAAGAGGUAUGAAACCAAACACUGCGGGGAAGGGCAAUUCAAUAACAUUUCCAUCCACAUAAUAACGCUGCAAAUGGAUUCGUUGUAACUGGUCGAUUGUAACUGUGUUUGCUUCAUUGCAAUUUCAGGUAGAAAUGAUAAUGGGAAUACAAUGAGAGGCUUUUCUCAGCACUGCAACCAGCGUCCUUCCAAUAAACCCAAGUUUAGCCCAGUGGCUUCCCACUUAAUAUGAAAACAGAGCCAUUUCAAAUUUGUAGGAGAAGGCAGUAAUAUUAUGGUAGAUUUUAGUUAUCGAAAAUUGUGACCACCACCAAUAAUAAUAAUAAAGCAAAGCGCUCCUGUGGGUUUAAUACAGUAUUUGUUAGUGGGUGCACGCACACGGGCGUGCAUGACCUCGCUGAAAUACAUUUUUUUUUUUUUUUUUGUGGAAUAAACGAAAAUGAUGUGUGCCUUAAUAUCAUUUCUAUCAAGUCAGCAUAAAUCGCCUAUAAUAAAACAAGACAAGACAAAACAAAACACAACACUGUUUGUAAGUGCAUAUGCAUAACACAUGACUGUGUAUCCCUGCACACAUUUCUGCACAAUAGCUGUAAAUGUUAAACCACUGUUUAUGGGGUGAAAUGGCCUGAACGUGCCAUAUCUGUCAGUAUUAACUUAAUGGAUGGCGCUUUUAUUGCAACACAUGCCAACGGAUGCACUGCAUAUGUCAUUAUUAUGCACCUUUAAAGAAUCACAUUCAUUCUGGUGUCCACACUCACCUCACAGCGAAUAGACUGAUUUGUUGUGGUUUGUUUCUGUCGAGAAAUCUUAAUAUCAGUUUUUCUUUUACAAUUUUUUUCACCCCCCACCUCUGACUCUUGAUCGUAUGAAUAGCUGGGCUACUGGCGUGAAAUGUGUGUGUGUGUGUGUGUGUGUAUGUCUGUCUGUCUAUGUGUAUGUGUGUGCGGUGUGCGGUGUGUGGUGGGGGCGUUCUCCACUGACAUCCUCAAACAAUACGAGAAAGAGGAGUGCACGAAUCCGCGCACCCCCAAGCAGGGCUCCUUCCCUGUAAUAGUGAGCGCGUCAGCCAUUCUUAAAAAACACAUUUUGUAGCUUAGUGGAGUGGACUGUAGGGCGAGAGGAGGAUAAACUCAGCAGACAAAGAUGUAAAUAUAAACAGUCGUCCCCAGCUGAGCGAGGCGUUCUUCACCAGAGUUUUGGAUCAAUCAGGCAGACAGUGGCUUCUUUUGAUUAAACCCCAAAUUGUCAUUGGGCAGAGGUAAUCAUGUGACAGGCAAUUCGGUCCAAUUUCAACCUUGUCUCCAUGAAUUCAAUAGUUUAAUAGUAGCUCGGUCCCCAUACGGCCGUAAUCAGUUAAAUAAAAAAAAAAAAAACCCACCACGAGGAGAUUUUUUUUAAUGAUUUUUUUUACUUUUUUCGUCAUCACUGAGCUGCAACAUUUUAAAAAAUACGCGUGCAAACUUUCCUCGGCUCUCAGGGAGAGGAGAUGAAUUACGAAUUCGAGCGAGAGAGCGGUUUUAUCAAUAGUCAGCCGUCGCUUGCUGAGUGCCUGACAUCUUUCCCCCCUGUCGCUGAUUCAUUUCAAAGUUCAUCAAUCAAGAGCUCGACGCUUUCACGCCCGACACUGAUUCCUCCUCCCUUUGAGCAGACCAUUCCCAGCCUCAACCCGGGCAGCCAUCCGCGGCAUGGCCGGCCUAGACACAGCCCCGAUGGAUGCAGCCCGCUGCCCACCGCCUCCUUACCCCCGGAGUACCCAUGGAUGCGGGAAAAGAAAGCCUCCAAGAGGAACCACCUGCCGACCUCCACCGCUACUGCCAUCUCCAACGGACCUGUGUGCUUCUCUCCGAAAGGCUCGCCUGAGAUUGUGGAGAGCGGUGGGGGAGGAGGUGGCUCCCGUCGGCUGAGAACAGCAUACACCAACACACAGCUGCUGGAGCUGGAGAAAGAGUUCCACUUCAACAAGUAUUUAUGCCGGCCCAGGAGGGUGGAAAUAGCGGCCCUGCUGGACCUGACCGAGAGGCAGGUUAAAGUCUGGUUCCAAAACCGACGCAUGAAGCACAAGCGGCAGACCCAAAGCAAGGAGAACCACAACGGGGACGGGAAAGGGCCGAGCGCCGAGGACGGCAUCCACAGCGAAGAGGAGGACGAGGGCCCCCAGUACGAGCAGAGCGGGGCCCUGCUGGAGAGAGAUACCUGCUCUUUUCAAAACAACACACAGCAGCUCCACAAUGGAGAGUCGAUGAGCUUUGCUGCUGCGCCGCUGAACAGCAAUGACAAAAAUCUGAAACAUUUUCCCAACCCGUCACCCACUGUUCCGGGCUGCAUGUCAACAAUGGGCCCCGGCUCGGCAUCUGGCCCGGACAAUGGUGACAGUCCCCCGGCCCUGGAUGUUUCUUUACACGAUUUUCAACCUUUCUCCUCGGAUUCCUGCCUGCAGCUCUCCGAUGCAGCCUCGCCGAGCUUGUCAGAGUCUCUGGACAGCCCCGUGGACAUUUCUACGGACAGUUUCUAUUUUUUCUCGGAGUCUCUAACUACAAUCGACUUGCAGCAUCUGAACUAUUAACUAAAAUCAAUCAAAUAGCUUUUUUUUCCGGAACAAUAAAUAUCAGGCUACAACAACAUUAACUCCGAUGUUAUUUGUAUAUUCGGCACAUUUAUUCUGUUGAUAUUUGACUUGACGAUUAAUACAAGGUAAGGAUGAGAUUAAAUCACUGAAGCAGCUUAAACGUGGCUUGUAAUUACCAUAACAACUUGUUCUCUUGGAAUGGAAAUUAUGAGUGUUUGUGAAUAAUUAUACAAUAUUAGGCCUAUGGAACCUGGUCAUUUUUAUUUUUGUAUAGCUUCCAAUGUCUUGGAUAUUUUUGUUAGAAUACAAUUAACUUGCUACAAUCUUC